GCGAGCCGGAAAGGGGCUGCCAGGGCAGAGCUCCCCAGAGCGCCCGCCCGGGGCACCCCCGCCGCCCGCCUGGCCUCGGCGAGCGCGCCGCCUGCCCUUCCCCCGCGCCGCGGCUCCCCAACCGCACCAGCCGCGAUGAAGGUGGGCUCUGGGAGCCAGGGGAGCCCCCCGUGCUUCCUGCGCUUCCCGCGGCCCGUGCGGGUGUUGAGUGGCGCCGAGGCCGAGCUCAAGUGCGUGGUGCUGGGGCAGCCGCCGCCCACCGUCGUGUGGGAGAAGGGCGGGCAGCCGCUGGCGGCCUCGGAGCGCCUGAGUUUCCCGGCGGAUGGCGCCGAGCACGGCCUGUUGCUGAGCCGCGCGCUGCCCUCCGACGCAGGGGUCUACGUGUGCCGAGCCCGCAACACGGCCGGCGAGGCCUACGCGGCGGCCGCCGUCACCGUGCUCGAGCCUCCGGCCCCCGAGCCCCAGCCCCAGCCCGCAGAGCUCCCGCCGCCGCCCCCGGGCACCGGGGAGAGCGCCCCGGUGUUCCUGACAGGGCCACGGUCCCAGUGGGUGCUGCGGGGGGCGGAGGUAGUGUUGACGUGCCAGGUGGGGGGCCUCCCCGAGCCCACACUGUACUGGGAGAAGGAUGGGAUGGCCCUGGACGAGGUGUGGGACCGCAGCCACUUCGCGCUGGAGCUGGGCGCCGCGGGUGGCCUGGGCACCAGCCUGGUGCUGCGCAUCCUGGCAGCGCGGCUGCCGGACUCGGGCGUCUUCGUGUGCCACGCCCGCAACGCACACGGCCACGCGCAGGCUGGGGCGCUGCUCCAGGUGCAGCAGCCCCCCGAAACUGACCCCGAGGACCCCGACGAGGCCCCCACGCCCGUGGUGGAACCGCAGAAAUGUGCGCCCAAGACCUUCUGGGUGAACGAGGGCAAGCACGCCAAGUUCCGCUGCUACGUGAUGGGCAAGCCCGAGCCCGAGAUCGAAUGGCACUGGGAGGGCCGCCCGCUGCUCCCGGACCGCCGCCGCCUCAUGUACCGAGACCGCGACGGCGGCUUUGUGCUCAAGGUGCUCUACUGCCAGGCCAAGGACUGCGGGCUCUAUGUGUGCGCGGCGCGCAACUCUGCGGGCCAGACGCUCAGCGCUGUGCAGCUGCACGUCAAAGAGCCUCGCCUCCGCUUCGCGAGGCCCCUGCAGGACAUGGAGGGCCGGGAGAAUGGCAUUGCAGUGCUGGAGUGUAAAGUUCCCAACUCCCGCAUCCCCACAGCCUGGUUCCGAGAGGACCAACGACUACUGCCCUGCCGCAAGUAUGAGCAGAUUGAGGAGGGUGCUGUUAGGCGCCUCAUCAUCCACAGGCUGAAGGCAGAUGACGAUGGUGUCUACCUGUGCGAGAUGCGGGGCCGGGUUCGCACCGUGGCCAACGUGACUGUCAAAGGGCCCAUACUGAAAAGGUUGCCCCGGAAGCUCGAUGUCCUGGAGGGAGAGAACGCUGUGCUGCUGGUGGAGACACAAGAAGCUGGGGUCAAAGGACACUGGAGCCGUGACGGGGAGGAGCUGCCAGCCACCUGCCAGAGCAGCUCUGGCCACAUGCAUGCCCUGGUCCUUCCAGGGGUCACCAGAGAAGAUGCUGGCGAGGUCACCUUUAGCCUGGGCCACUCCCGUACAACCACUCUGCUCAGAGUCAAAUGCGUCAAGCACAAUCCUCCAGGACCGCCCAUGUUGGUUGAGAUGUUCAAGGGCCACAAGAACACCGUCUUGCUGACCUGGAAGCCUCCGGAGCCACUUCCUGAGACCUCCUUCAUCUACCGGCUGGAGCGGCAAGAGGUAGGCUCCGAAGACUGGAUCCAGUGUUUUAGCAUCGACAAAGCCGGAGCUGUGGAGGUGCCUGGGGACUGCGUGCCCUCUGAGGGUGAUUACCGCUUCCGAAUCUGCACGGUCAGCGAACACGGCCGCAGUCCCCACGUUGUGUUCCAGGGUUCUGCUCACCUCGUGCCCACAGCUCGCCUGGUGGCAGGUCUGGAAGAUGUGCAGGUAUACGAGGGGGAAGAUGCUGUCUUCUCCCUCAAGCUCUCCACCAUCAUCCAGGGUACCUGGUUCCUUAAUGGGGAGGAGCUCAAGGGUAAUGAACCAGAGGGCCAGGUGGCACCUGGGGCCCUGCAGUACCGGAAGGAGCAGAAGGGCCUACAGCACAGACUCAUCCUGCAAGCUGUCAAGCACCAGGACAGCGGGGCCCUGGUUGGCUUCAGCUGCCCUGGCGUACAGGACUCAGCCGCCCUCACCAUCCAAGAGAGCCCGGUGCACAUCCUCAGUCCUGAGGACAAAAUGUCAUUGACCUUCACGACCUCGGAGUGCGUAGUGCUUACCUGUGAGCUCUCUCGAGUGGACUUCCCAGCAGCCUGGUACAAGGAUGGGCAGAAAGUGGAGGAGAGUGAGUCACUGCUGGUGAAGGUGGAUGGGCGCAAACAUCGUCUGAUCCUGCCUGAGGCCCAAGUCCAAGACAGCGGCGAGUUUGAGUGCAGAACAGAAGGGGUCUCGGCUUUCUUCAGUGUCGCUGUCCAAGACCCCCCAGUGCACAUCGUGGACCCCCAGGAGCAUGUGUUCAUACAUGCCAUAACCUCUGAGUGUGUCAUGCUGACCUGUGAGGUGGACCGAGAGGACGCCCUCGUGCGCUGGUACAAGGAUGGCCAGGAGGUGGAAGAGAGCGACUUCACAGUGCUAGAGAAUGAAGGGCCACAUCACCGCUUGGUGCUGCCUGCCGCUCAGCCCCACGAUGGGGGCGAGUUUCAGUGUGUGGCUGGAGAGGAACGUGCCUACUUCACAGUCACCAUCACAGAUGUCUCCUCGUGGAUUGUGUAUCCCAGUGGCAAGGUGUAUGUGGCAGCCGUGCGCCUGGAGCGUGUGGUGCUGACCUGUGAGCUGUGCCGGCCCUGGGCUGAGGUGCGCUGGACCAAGGAUGGUGAGGAGGUGGUGGAGAGUCCAGCGCUACUCCUGCAGAAAGAGGACACCGUUCGCCGCCUAGUGCUACCCGCCGUCCAGCUGGAGGACUCUGGCGAGUACUUGUGUGAAAUCGAUGAUGAGUCAGCCUCCUUCACUGUCACGGUCACAGAGCCCCCCGUGCGGAUCAUUUACCCCCGGGAUGAGGUGACCCUGAUCGCCGUGAGCUUGGAGUGUGUGGUACUGAUGUGCGAGCUGUCCCGGGCGGAUGCCCCGGUGCGCUGGUACAGAGAUGGCCUGGAGGUGGAGGAGAGCGAGGCCCUGGUUCUGGAGAGUGAUGGGCCCCGCCGCCGCCUCAUUCUACCUGCUGCCCAGCCCAAGGAUGGGGGCGAGUUUGUGUGCGAUGCUGGAGACGACUCGGCCUUCUUCACUGUCACCGUCACAGCCCCACCAGAGAGGAUCGUGCACCCAGUGGCCCGCACCCUGGAUCUGCAGUUUGGGGCGCCAGGGCGUGUGGAGCUGCACUGUGAGGUGGCCCCGCCUGGGUCCCAAGUGCGCUGGUACAAGGAUGGGCUGGAGGUAGAAGCAUCUGAGGCCCUGCAACUGGGCGCCGAGGGGCCCUCCCGCACUCUCACCCUGCCCCAUGCCCAGCCCGAGGACGCUGGGGAGUAUGUGUGUGAGACCCGUGACGAGGCCGUCACCUUCAAUGUCAGCCUGGCUGAGCCCCUGGUGCAGUUUCUCGCACCAGAAGCACCCCCUAGCCCACUCCGUGUGGCCCCCGGGGAGCCUGUGGUGCUGAGCUGCGAACUGUCCCGGGCUACUGCUCCCGUGUUCUGGAGCCACAAUGGGGGGCCAGUGCAGGAAGGCGAGGGCCUGGAGCUCCAGGCCGAGGGUCCCCGCCGUGCCCUCUGCAUCCGGGCUGCAGAAUGGGCCCAUGCAGGCCUCUAUACCUGCCAGUGUGGGGCAGCCUCUGGGGCACCGAGCCUCAGCUUCACUGUCCAGGUGGCUGAGCCCCCCGUGCGAGUGGUGGCCCCUGAGGCAGCCCAGACGAGGGUUCGAAGCACCCCAGGCGGGGACCUGGAGCUGGUGGUGCACCUCUCCGGGCCAGGGGCCCCUGUGCGCUGGUACAAGGAUGGGGAGCGCCUGGCGAGCCAGGGCCGGGUGCAGCUGGAGCAGGCUGGGGCCAGGCAAGUGCUGAGGGUGCAGAGGGCACGGAGCAAGGACGCUGGGGAGUACCUGUGUGAUGCACCCCACGACAGCCGAAUCUUCCUCGUCACUGUGGAAGAGUCCCCACCAGUGAAGCUGGUCUCAGAGCUGAUACCACUCACUGUCCACGAGGGCGAUGAUGCCACAUUUCGGUGUGAAGUUUCACCACCAGACGCCAGUGUCACCUGGCUGCGCAAUGGAGCUGUCGUCACUCCAGGGCCCCAGCUGGAGAUGGCCCAGAAUGGCUCAAGCCGGACACUGACCGUGCGACGCUGCCAGCUCGAGGAUGCAGGGACUGUGACAGCACAGGCGGGGGGCACAGCCACCAGUGCCCGGCUCCACGUUCGAGAAACAGAGUUGCUGUUCCUGCGGCGACUUCAGGACAUCCGGGUGGAGGAAGGCCAGGACAUGUGCCUCAAAGUGGAGACAGGCCGUGUGGGCACCGCCGGGGCCGUGCGCUGGAUGCGAGGCGGGGAACCACUGCCACUUGACUCGCGCCUGUCCGUGGCUCAGGAGGGCCACGUCCACCGCCUCUUCAUCCAUGGCGUGGUGCUGGCCGAUCAGGGCACCUAUGGCUGCGAGAGCCCGCACGACCGCACCCUGGCCAGGCUCAGCGUGAGGCCUCGGCAGCUGCGGGCACUUCGACCUCUGGAGGAUAUGACUGUCAGCGAAGGGGGCAGUGCCACCUUCCAACUGGAGCUGUCCCAGGAGGGUGUGAUCGGGGAGUGGGCACGGGGUGGAGUCCGGCUGCAGCCAGGGCCCAGGUGCCACAUUCACGCCGAGGGCCACACUCACCGUCUGGUGCUCAGGGGCCUGGGCCUGGCUGACUCGGGCUGUGUCUCCUUCACGGCGGAUGCCCUGCGCUGCGCUGCCAGACUCACUGUGAGAGCCAAGUGUGGCCCCCACCGGCCAUUCCUGCCUUCAGAGGUCCCGGUGACCAUUGUUCGGGGGCCACAGGACCUAGAGGUGACUGAAGGUGACACAGCUACGUUGGAGUGUGAACUUUCCCAGGCCUUGGCGGAUGUUACCUGGGAGAAGGACGGGUGCGCGCUCCUGCCCAGCCCCAGGCUUCGGCUCCAGGCCCUAGGCACGCGCCGCCUUCUCCAGCUGCGGCGCUGCAGCUCCUCGGACGCGGGGACCUACAGCUGCGCGGUGGAGACGUCCCGAGCCGGGCCCGUCCGCCUGACCGUGCGCGAGCGCCGCGUCGCAGUGCUCCGCGAGCUUCGGGCGGUGCGGGCCCGCGAAGGGGACGGCGCCACGUUCGAAUGCACCGUGUCGGAGGCCGAGACCCCAGGAUGCUGGGAGCUUGGAGGCCGCCAGCUGAGACCCGGAGGCCGCAUCCGCAUCCGACAGGAAGGGGAGGCUCCGGCCUCGCUAGCGCCCCCCUCACCCCCAGGGAAGAAACACAUUCUGGUGCUGAGCUUGCUGCGCGCGGAGGACGCCGGUGAAGUCCGCUUCCAGGCGGGACCCGCCCAGUCCUCGGCUCUGCUGGAGGUGGAGGCAUUGCCUCUCCAGAUGUGCCGCCGCCCCCCUCGAGAGAAAACGGUUCUGGCCGGCCGCCGGGCGGUGCUGGAGGUGACCGUGUCCCGCUCUGGAGGCUACGUGUGCUGGUUGAGGGAGGGAGUCGAGCUGUGUCCGGGAGACAAGUAUGAAAUGCGCAGCCACGGCCCCACCCACAGCCUGGUCAUCCGUGACGUGCGACCUGAGGACCAGGGCACCUACUGCUGCCAGGCCGGCCAGGACAGCGCCGACACACAGCUGCUUGUAGAGGGGGUUCGGAUGGAUGGACAAACACCAGCCCUUCUAGACAGUGACUAGCCCCUGGGGAAAGCCCAGUCCUGCCUGGACAGAGUCUACACACUCCUGUCUCCUCCAUUCGGGCUGGAGGGGCUCGGAGUGCUCACCGGGGAGAGGACAUCUCCAUUGAAGCGUUUGAUGGGCACUGGCCUACGGCGAUAAGCAGGGUCAGGGGGCCCAGGCCUUGGAGGAGCCCGGGGACCUCUUUGGGGAGCGCGAGGUGGCCUCUUCUUCCUCCGCUUCUCCUUGCGCUCUUCCUGCUGCCGAAUCCGCAUCAGCUGCACACGACGUCGCUGCCGGCUGAUGACCACUGAGGAGGCAUGGCAGAGAAGGGCCUCAGCAGACCAUGUACCUCUUCCCUCCAAGCGCUCCCCUUCUCUGUCCACCUGGGAGCUGCAGGCUUCCAGGUUCCCCUUGUCCAUCACCUCCACCACAUCUAUCACUGCUUUCCCAGCCUCCCACCUCCUGGAUGGGCCGUCCUUCUGUUGUCCUUUUCUUCUGAAUGUCUCUGUGUGAGAUUCUGGGACUUGCAGGCACCCCCUUCCCCAGCUGUUGUCCCACUCCAUAUCCUGAGCCACAGGCAACUCUUCCAGGUCAGUCCCCAUCACCUUGCAAUGGGACAGCUACUACUGCUUUCUCACUGGCCUUUUCUUUGCUUGCGUCCCUCCAAGGCUUUCUACCCUCAGCAGCAGAACAAGCAUCCCAAACACUAAGUUAUAUCCUCCCCUACUUUAAACCCUCCACUGGCAUCUCACUGCCAUUUUUUUUUUUUUGGUACCAGAGAUCGAACUCGGGUCCUUGCGCUUGCGCAGCAGGUGGUGAAACCACUGAGCUAAAUCCCCAGCCCUACCAUUUUUUUUUUUUUUUUUGGUACCAGGGAUCAAACUUAGGACCUUGUGCUUUCAAGGCAGGCGGCGGAACCACUGAGCUAAAUCCCUGGGAUUCACUGCUUUUCUAAUAAAAUUCAGUGUCCUCCUCAUGGCCCAGGGGACCCUCAUGAUCGGCCUAAUGUCCACAUGGCACACUAGCCCCACUUACUCAAAUAUGCUAGCCACACUUCUUUUCAGGGUCUUUGCCCUUAUCAUUCCCUCUUCUUGAGCUGAAAGCCAUGGCUGGCCCCUUAUCCCUCAGGUCUCUGCCUGCAUGUCACCCCCUCCAAGUAGCUCUGACCACCUUAACUAUAACAGUAUCCAUAUGAUCACUCUUUCAUGUUACAUUGUGUAUCUCCUUCAUACCACUCUAUUCCAAAUAGGAAUUAUCUUGUUGGAUUGAAUGUCUAUAACCUGUCUCUCACCUGCCCUGGAUAUAUACCCAUAAAGGCAGGAAACUUUU